AAUUGCAACGAAAGUAUAACGUCGCUUCAAUGUGGAAUAGUGGCAAGUCAGGGCUAUGAUGAAGUGCUGGCUGUUACUUAUAGUGGCCGCAUCUUCGGCCUUACCACUCAAGUGACCGAUGCGAAUUUUGACGGCUCAACUGGAAGUUACGUUUUCUCGAAUGAUGCAUCGAAUAAAAUUGCCAAGCUGAAAACCGACGUGGAAGAAUUGCAGGCGCAAGUGCGCAAAGAACGGGAGCGAUACCAAGAGGCGACUCUAAAUAGCAAUUUCAUGGAACUAUCGGCGAUUUCUUUGAUUCCUGUUAAUUCUACUUUCGUUUUAGACCGAAAGACAGCAACUUAUCUACUCAUCCUCGAAGCGCCCACUGCUAUAGACAACAUCUUGAUAGAAUGUAACUCGCAAGUGGAUUUGCUCGAUGUGGAAAAAAAUACUGCGGUCGUCAGCUACAGUCUAGACACCCACUCUAAGGCGAAACCUCACCUGUUGGCCACAUACAGAUGCCAAAUAAACACCAGCCGCAUUGAGCUGAAAAUCCAAACUUCCGAAGGCGAAAAGGGUGUUCUGCAAGCGUAUGUUUCUCCGGUUUUGCAGCCGAAAUGCAGCCGACUGUUACAAUUUGAUAUCAAGGCACUUUCUCUACACUACAGGGUUAAUGAGUACACCGAUCUCGACAGGCCCUACAGCCAACUGAAAUUGAAAGGAACAUUUACACUGGCCGAAAUUCAUAACUGGAUCAGUCAAUGUUUGCCUGAAGUGCCGGAAAAACCGCAAAUCGAUUCCUCGCUAUUUUUCCAGUCCAGUAUAUUGGGCACCAUCCUAAUAUGUGCUUACAAAAAAGGAGAGGCCGAUUUUAAGUCUGAUAAUAUCAUGACUUUGUGUGUGCUGAAAGAGGCAUUAAGUGUGGAAGCCACAAAGAGAAAGGCAAAAAUUGAAAUCAAUUUAG